AUGUAUCAACGCGAUCGUAACCAAUCCCUUUUCCUUGGUGGGGAGAGAAUUUCCGGAAGCGAAGUACGAAACCAGAAUGUACUUGCUGUUAUGUCCAUUGCGAAUAUUGUGAAAAGCUCUCUUGGUCCUGUAGGCCUGGACAAAAUGUUAGUCGAUGAUAUUGGGGAUGUUACAAUAUCAAAUGAUGGAGCAACAAUUCUCAAUUUGCUUGAAGUUGAACACCCUGCUGGACGUGUUCUUGUAGAGCUGGCUCAGCAACAGGACAAAGAAGUUGGUGAUGGGACAACGUCGGUCGUUAUAAUAGCUGCAGAACUUCUUCGCCGUGCAAAUGAACUCGUAAAGAAUAAAAUUCAUCCAACCACAAUUAUUACUGGUUAUCGGUUUGCAAGUAAAGAAGCAUGUAAAUAUAUUGCCGAUAAUCUGACUACCAAGGUUGAUACGUUGGGACGGGAUUGUCUUGUAAAUGUUGCAAAGACAAGUAUGGCUAGUAAGAUCAUUGGAUCUGACGAUGAGUUUUUUGCAAAUAUUGUCGUGGAUGCAAUUCUUGCUGUUAAAUCUACAAAUUCUCGUGGCGAAGUUAAAUACCCUGUUAAAGCUGUUAAUGUUCUCAAGGCUCAUGGUAAAAGUACUCGAGAAUCCAUUAUUGUUAAAGGGUAUGCUCUGAAUUGUACUGUUGCAUCCCAAGCUAUGAAAACAAAGAUCACGAAUGCUAAAGUAGCGUGUCUAGAUAUGAACCUUCAGAAGGCAAGGAUGCAUUUGGGUGUUCAUAUCACCGUUGACGAUCCAGAAAAAUUAGAAGAUAUUCGUAAACGUGAAGCUACCAUCACUAUUGAACGUGUUCAAAAAAUUAUUUCUGCGGGGGCCAAUGUUAUUCUUACAACAAAGGGUAUUGAUGACCUCUGUUUAAAAUUAUUCGUAGAAAGUGGAGCUAUGGCUGUUCGUCGCUGCAAAAAAGAAGAUUUAAGAAGAAUCGCAAAAGCUACUGGAGCCACGCUUAUUUCCACACUUGCUAAUCUUGAGGGAGAGGAAACAUUUGAACCAUCAUAUCUUGGUACUGCAGACGAAGUUGUUCAAGAACGUAUUUCUGAUGAUGAGUGUAUUCUUAUUAAAGGUACUAAAGCUCAAAAUUCAUCUUCUAUCAUUUUACGUGGUGCCAAUGAUUACAUGUUGGAUGAAAUGGAAAGGGCUUUACAUGAUUCAUUGUCCGUCGUGAAAAGAACUCUGGAAAGUGGUGCUGUUGUUCCAGGUGGUGGUGCAGUUGAGACAGCGUUGAGCAUUUAUUUGGAAACUUUUGCAACAACUUUGGGAUCACGAGAGCAGCUUGCCAUAGCUGAAUUCGCAAAUUCACUUCUUGUAAUACCAAAAACACUUGCUGUAAAUGCUGCAAAGGAUUCGACUGACUUAGUUGCAAAAUUAAGAGCAUAUCAUAAUGCGUCCCAAAACGCUACACCAGAUGAUCCAAAAAAAAAUCUAAAACAUUAUGGUCUUGAACUUCUUAAGGGUGAAAUUAGAGAUAAUUUGAAAGCUGGCGUUGAACCGGAACAAAGAGGUGGAGAAGAUGAUGGUCAUGGUCAUUAA